AUGAAGUUUGGACAUAAUCUGCCUAGGAACCAGGUUCCAGAAUGGGCGUCCUCGUACAUCAACUACAAAGGCCUCAAGAAGCUGAUCAAGAAUGCCGCUGAAGCCUCGAAAAAUGGCUCGGAUCCAGAUCUCACAGAGUUCUUCUUCUCUCUUGAUCGCAACCUCGAAGAUGUCGACAACUUCUACAACCGAAAGUACGCAGAGUUUUCCCGGCGACUUAGGAUCCUGCAUGGCCGUUAUGGUCGUGCCGCCCAGUUGCCCGAAGGCAUCGAUAAAGACGAGGCACAAGACCUCAUGGGCGCACUGCUUGAGCUACGAGGCUCAAUGCGAAAGCUUCAGUGGUACGGAGAGGUCAAUCGGAGGGGUUUCAACAAAAUCACCAAGAAGCUGGACAAGAAGAUCAAGACAGUGCGUUUGCAAGAGCCAUACCUGGCCUCCAAAGUCAACCCAAAGCCGUUUGCGCACAAUCUGCCCCUCAACCAGGACAUGAAGGCUGUCAAUGAAUGGCUGUCAGGACUGGGUGAUAUCAAGACUUUUGAUGAUACAGGCUCUACACAUUCUGCGGGCUCCCUAGGUCGAGUGCCAGGCCGUUCGCUACACCUGCCAUCCGGCCUACUCGAUGCGGCAGACUUGGCUAUCCGCAACGACAAAGCGGAAGACCUCGGCCAACAGAUUGCCGAAGCUGCUGCGAACAACGGCAUCACCAGUUCUUCAAUGCAGCAGGUUCUGCUGAACUUCCUUCAGCGCUCCAUCUCAUGCCGUUCCAAACAAUGCAUCAAGAGAUUGUUGCAGGAUAUCAUCUCGUUGGAUGAAGAUGACGAUAUCAACAAACGCAAUUGUGUCCACCGACUAGUCAUCAACAUUGGCCGUUCAAAGAGCGGCGAAACAUUUGGCGCCGACGGAACUCGGCAACCAAGUUCAAAUGAAGCAGGAAACUUCAUAGUGCCUGCUACUGACCCUAACCGGCAACCUCGUCCUUGUACGACUACUGAAGAAGAGUCAACCCAACUGCUUAGCGAGAACGACGAGUCUGUGCGCCUACUCAUCUAUCUGCUUGACGAGCUGCGUGAUGAGCAACGCAAUGCACUUCAAGCUCGUGAUUCCUAUGGAAGGCUUCCGCUUCAUUAUGCCGCUCAAUAUGGCUUCGUAGUCAUUUGUCAGGUUGUCAUAAAACACAUGCAGGACUGGGGCCAGUUCGACGUUGCACAAGGCAUAGACUCUCCCGAUUGGCAGGACACUGACGGCAAUGCGCCUCUGCAUCUCAGUGUCAUGGGUGGGCAUGUCCUCACCACCAAAACCCUUCUUGAGGCAGAGAAUUGGCGGGGAACACAUGAACAAAGACGUGCGUCGAGGAAGUCUAGUGCUCGCUCAGGAGCAGUUCUGUCUUUAGCGACUCGAUCAAAUUUUGUUGGUAUUGUCAAGCUCCUGGUUGAAGCCGACAUCGAUGUCAACUACCAGGACGAGGGCGGUGAGACUGCCCUGCACAUGGCAGCGCGCUACGGCUAUGACGAAUGUGCCAAAGUUUUGCUUGAGGGCUCUAACACGAACAAAGCCGACGUUGAUGUUCCCGAAAAGACGUUUGCCUGGACGCCAUUGUUCAUUGCCUGUGUCGAUGAUCAUCUCUCAAUAGUCGAGAUUCUAGCCGCUGCUGGAGCUGAUCUACACAGAUGCGAUAAUUCCGGUUGGACAGCGAAAGAGCACGCUGCACUUCGUGGCCAUAUGCAAGUUGCAGAACGGCUGUGCGAGCUUGCUCCCACGACAGUCUCGCCUCGUGUGGCACCCACAGAUGCACGGAUUUCUCGGGCUGGUUCACCCCCUCAGAAUUCGCUUGACGAGAGAAGGUCAAAGAACCUGAAUCGAGACACUAAUAGUCCUGUGCAGAAAGUCCCUGAGCCAGUGAAAACAUUUGGUCAUCGUUAUCUGACGAAUGAAACAAUGGUGCUGGUCAGCCUUGGUUCGAUGGAUGUUCGCAAAGACACACCGGCGGUCAAGCUUGACGAUAUUCCACUUGCGGAUGCGCAUGCGACACAACUCGACACUGCUUUGUCUGUGGUUGUGCAAGCAUCUGGAGCCAAAGGAGAACCCACAGUGAUUGAUUUGCCCAUCCAGGAUAAUAUCGCUACAGAGCCCAUUACAUUUAUGACCAGUGAUGUCACCAAGGUCAAACUCUUGUUCGACAUUGUCCCAACCUAUGCCGGAACACAUGAACGCUCGAUGGGGCGGGCUGUGGCUUUACUGUCCACGAUCAAAACCAGCAUUGGAUCGAAGCGAAUUCCCCUCCAAGGAGAUAUGAAGGUACCUAUUGUGGCAGCCUCGACAUUGGACGUUAUUGGAACAGUCAACUUCAACUUUCUCAUCAUCACACCCUUCCAUCAUCCAAACAUGUCGAUCACAGAGCAGCACACCUACUGGAAGAAGAUGGCUUCAUCGACCAUGGUCAUUGGCCAUCGUGGUCUGGGCAAGAACACGGCAUCUCGUACAUCACUUCAACUCGGCGAGAACACCAUUCAAUCCUUCAUUUCAGCUGCUAAUCUGGGCGCGGAGUAUGUUGAGUUUGAUGUCCAACUUACAAAGGACCACGUGCCGGUCAUCUACCAUGACUUCCUUGUCAGCGAGACAGGUAUUGACGCGCCUGUACAUACCCUUACUCUAGACCAGUUCCUCCACAUUGGCGAAGGCUCGAAUCCUCGAUACGCUCGCACUGGGUCCCCGGAUAGAACUUCUCAUCUCAACGGUGCUGAAGAGGACCGCCCCAAUGUGAGAAGGCCAAGAUCGUACUCGGUUGAUAACUCGAAGCAACGCAAUAUCCACACCGACCGCGCUGAGGAGCUGACGGAGCGAAUGAAGCAUACCCGUGAUUUCAAGAAGAAAGGAUUUAAGGGAAAUAGCCGCGGAUAUUCCAUCCAGUCAUCGUUUACGACUCUGGAACGAAUGUUUGAUGAAGUACCACAGUCCGUUGGAUUCAAUGUCGAGAUGAAGUAUCCCAUGCUCCACGAGUCGGAAGAGGAGGAAAUGGACCAAUAUGCGGUGGAGCUGAACUCUUUUGUCGACACAAUCCUGGAAAAGGUCUAUGAUAAAAUGGGGGAACGCAACAUUAUCUUCUCAUCCUUCAACCCAGACAUCUGCCUCAUGCUAUCCUUUAAGCAACCCUCAAUUCCUGUUCUGUUCCUCACAGAUGCCGGAACAUCACCAGUAGGAGAUGUGCGAGCUGCAAGUUUGCAAGAGGCGAUUCGCUUUGCAAGUCGUUGGAACUUGCUCGGGGUAGUCAGCGCCGCUACACCGCUCGUCAUGUGCCCUAGACUUGUCAAAGUAGUCAAGGAAAGUGGUCUUGUCUGCGUGAGCUAUGGAAUGCUCAACAACGACCCCAAGAAUGUUUUGUUGCAACGAAACGAAGGUAUCGACGCCGUCAUCGUCGACAGCGUCCUCCGAGUCCGCCAGGGACUCCAGGCUCCUAAUCAGGAGAAUACGGAUGUCAUUGAAAACGACGCAACAUCUUUGGCUGUACCGCCGUCGGAGUCUGUUCCUUCUAUCAAAGAAGCCAGCGAGGCACAGGAGAACAGGGCGAAUGGUACCACUACCUGCACAAACGGAGUUGAUGGAACUCACGCUGUCAAUGGCACAGCGCAUGAGCAAAAAGUGGCAUAG